UGCGCGGCUGUGGGCGCGGCCUAGGCCCCAGGGCGCCGGCUGACCUAGCGCGACAGCGAGGCCGCCCCCGUCGGCCCUCCCCCGGGCGGGGCUAGCCCCGAAGGCGCUGACUCAGCAACGCGAGGGGGGAGUUUUGUCCCUCCGCGGACCCCGUUUCUCCCGGCCUCAGACUCCUCGCCGCCGCAGCCGAGCCGGUUUUUUCCUUCCGGCGCUCCGGGUGUGCGAGGCAGGUCCGGCCACCUAGGCAGCGAGCCGCAGCGCAACCCCGGCGCUCGCCCGAGGACCCUGGAAGCUACCGUUACCCCGCCGGGCAGCGUGGGCGCCAUGAGCAGCGCGGGACUGAAUUCGGAGAAGGUAGCUGCUCUGAUACAGAAACUGAAUUCCGACCCCCAGUUCGUACUUGCCCAGAAUGUCGGGACCACCCAUGACCUGCUGGAUAUCUGUCUGAAGCGGGCCACGGUGCAGCGCGCGCAGCAUGUGUUCCAGCACGCCGUGCCCCAGGAAGGCAAGCCCGUCACCAACCAGAAGAGCUCAGGGCGAUGCUGGAUCUUUUCUUGUCUGAAUGUUAUGAGGCUUCCAUUCAUGAAAAAAUUAAAUAUUGAAGAAUUUGAGUUUAGUCAAUCUUACCUGUUUUUUUGGGACAAGGUUGAACGCUGUUAUUUCUUCUUGAAUGCUUUUGUGGACACAGCCCAGAGAAAGGAGCCUGAGGACGGGAGGCUGGUGCAGUAUUUGCUUAUGAACCCUGCAAAUGAUGGUGGCCAGUGGGAUAUGCUUGUCAAUAUUGUUGAAAAAUAUGGUGUUAUCCCUAAGAAAUGCUUCCCUGAGUCUUAUACAACAGAGGCAACCAGAAGGAUGAAUGAUAUUCUGAAUCACAAGAUGAGAGAAUUCUGUAUACGACUAAGGAACCUGGUACACAGUGGAGCCACCAAAGGAGAAAUCUCGGCCACACAGGAUGUCAUGAUGGAGGAGAUAUUCCGAGUGGUGUGCAUUUGUUUGGGUAAUCCACCAGAGACAUUCACCUGGGAGUAUCGAGACAAAGAUAAAAAUUAUCAGAAGAUUGGCCCCAUAACACCCUUGGAGUUUUACAGGGAACAUGUCAAGCCACUCUUCAAUAUGGAAGAUAAGAUUUGUUUAGUGAAUGACCCUAGGCCCCAGCACAAGUACAACAAACUUUACACCGUGGAAUACUUAAGCAAUAUGGUUGGAGGGAGAAAAACUCUGUACAACAACCAGCCCAUUGACUUCCUGAAAAAGAUGGUUGCUGCCUCCAUCAAAGACGGAGAGGCUGUGUGGUUUGGCUGUGAUGUUGGAAAACACUUCAAUGGCAAGCUGGGCCUCAGUGACAUGAAUGUCUAUGACCAUGAGUUAGUGUUUGGUGUCUCCUUGAAGAACAUGAAUAAAGCAGAGAGGCUGACUUUUGGUGAGUCACUUAUGACCCACGCCAUGACCUUCACUGCUGUCUCAGAGAAGGAUGAUCAGGAUGGUGCUUUCACAAAAUGGAGAGUAGAGAAUUCAUGGGGUGAAGACCAUGGCCACAAAGGUUACCUCUGCAUGACAGAUGAGUGGUUCUCUGAGUAUGUCUACGAGGUGGUGGUGGACAGGAAGCAUGUCCCUGAAGAGGUGCUAGCUGUGUUGGAGCAGGAACCCAUUGUCCUGCCAGCAUGGGACCCCAUGGGAGCUCUGGCCGAGUGAUACUGCCUCCAGCUCUUUCCUCCUCCCGUGGAACCUGACGUAGCUGCAAAGGACAGAUCCAGGGACUGAAGCCAAAGUUAUGCAAGGGACUAUGUGUUGCCACAGGACACAGUCAGAUUUCCAGCCUCCUCCAGGAACCUCUUCAGGAAGUGUGCUUUAUGCUGAAAUAGAAUAUUCUCAAAGAAAAUAAAAAGGGAAAGAUCAGGUCAUACUGUCUACUCUCCUCAUCUCUAACAGCUCAGGAUCUCUUAUAGCAUUUUAACCAGAUGUAAUUGUUUGUCUUUAACUCUGUCAAAAAGUUUAGUUCUGUGUCUGUAUUUUAAUAAGACAAGAGAGGACGAGCGAUUGAGGUGUAUGGAGAGCAAACAGACCUAAUGCUCCUUGUUCCUAGAGUAGAGUGGAGGGGAGGGUGGCCUGAGAAUUGAGCUCUCGGAACUGCAUGCUGCCAGACGGUAUCACUGUCUUUCCUUGAUGGCAGUCACUGAAUUCCAUUUUUUCAAGGUAAUUUCUUGUGCCUCUAAUAGCCCAAGAAUCGGAGGUUGAUCAGGUCUGACAUGAUUCCUUCCCAUUCUGAACUGUGGUGAGCACAGCUCUGCUUGAGUCAGGUUUGAGUAGAGGCUUAGAGACAGUUGGAUGAGAACAACCAAAAUCUUAUCAUGGUCUCAGUUACAAUCAUUAGGGGGAGCUCUAGCCAAACGGUUUAACUUCUCCCUUUUGGAACUGGGGGUUGGGUGGGCAGGAAAAGGUGAUAUCCAUUCUUUCUGAUAACUAGAUGGUGCUGAGAAGCUUUUGAAUAAAAACUUUGCUAAAUGAGAA